AUGCCUUUGUUGUCACUCCUAUCCACGAUCAAAGUCAAACCCAAACAUAAACGUACAUACCCACUUGGUGAUUCUGGUGGAACGCCAAUACAAAUACUGAAACUCAGAGGUGGAUGUGCAUCAGCAAGUAAUCUUGCUGACUAUGAAGUGAUCAUACACAUUUAUGGUAGAUCGAUGAUGUUGACGGUACCAAGAAAAGCAAGAAGAAGAGAAGGAAGAAGGGAGGGAAAGGGUUGA